UCUGCCUGUUUGUUGAUGUGACGCGCCUGUGGACAGGAGCCAGGCGCCUAUAGUAGCAACCCGGGAGAAAAUGUAAGCAGCUGUGGUCGUGUAAUUUAAAACCUCAGCAGAGCGUGCUGGGCUCUGUGCACGGCAUUAGUGCAGCGUGCAGCACGAGGGCUGGAUGCAGCUGGCUCUCGGGAGGACGUCCUCGCCCGCGGCCAGGCAGAGAAGCCUGAGACUGGGAGGCAAACCUGGGUGCAGCCGGAAAGGUCCAGAUAGAUGAGCUUGUGGCAGCCGUUCCCCAAGUUCAGGAACGCUGCACAGCCCAGCAGAAACCUACUCUUCCUGACCUGAGCUUGUCGAAGCUACCCAAACUUUGAUUUCAAAGGAAGACUCUCUCUUUCCACCUGCCUGGUGCCUGGGGGCAGCUAGCCGUCAGAAUGCGCACGCACACAGUGGCCAUCGUGAUUCUUCUCUGCUUCUGCAGAGCUGCUGAGCCCCGCAGGACCGGCCCUGGCACUUUGAGAAGCCAGGUCAAUCCCAGCCGCAGCGACAGCCGGGCAGGUGGCGGCAGGAGAGGCAGCCCAGUCAAACGCUACGCACCAGGCCUUCCCUGUGAUAUAUACACGUAUCUCCAUGAGAAAUACCUAGACUGCCAAGAAAGAAAGUUAGUUUACGUGUUACCCGACUGGCCUCAAGACUUGCUGCACAUGCUGUUAGCGAGAAACAAAAUCCGUGUGUUGAAAAACAACGCGUUCUCCAAGUUUAAGAGGCUGAAGAGCCUGGACUUGCAACAGAAUGAGAUCUCCAAAAUUGAGAGCGAGGCGUUCUUUGGCUUGAAUAAGCUCACCACCCUCUUGCUGCAGCACAACCAGCUCAAGGUGCUGACAGAGGAGGUGUUCAUUUACACCCCGCUCCUGAGCUACCUGCGUCUCUAUGACAACCCUUGGCAGUGCACCUGCGAGCUAGACACGCUCGUUGCGAUGCUGCAGGUCCCGCGGAACCGGAAUCUGGGCAACUACGCCAAGUGUGAAAGCCCACCAGCACUGAAGAAUAAAAAGUUGCUGCAGCUGAAGCCUGAUGAGUUGUGCAUCGAACAGGAGAGUGAGCAGCCGGACCCCAAACCCCAAGUAUCAGGGAGACCCCCUGUCAUCAGGCCCGAGGCCGACUCCACCCUAUGCCACCAUUACGUGUUUCCCAUACAAACCCUGGACUGCAGGCGGAAAGAGUUGAAGAAGGUUCCGAGCAACAUCCCUCCAGACAUCGUCAAACUUGACAUGUCAUACAACAAAAUCAGCCAGCUGCGACCCAAGGAGUUUGAAGAUGUUCACGAACUAAAGAAGUUAAACCUGAGCAGCAAUAGCAUUGAAUUCAUAGAUCCUGGUUUGUGCUGAUAAAAGCCACAACAAACCAAAAACACAAACAAGAAGCAUUUACGGCUGGUGGUCACAGAGAAGGAGGAGGGGCAUGAAUAACGCAGCAUUUCCACGGGGCUUUCCAGGAGCCCAUUCCCGUCUGGCUUUGAGGAGAACCACGCCUUCCGGCACGUCUACUUACCGCACUCCACAGGAAGCCCCUGUGUGUCAGUGCCAUCCAGGAUCGGUUCACCUGACCGCACGUGAUCGUCUCUCUAAAGCUGAGGUACGAGAAAAUCUAAACGUAGAGAAAAGAGACAUCGUUUUGAGUGAUCUAUGAAUUUUGGUGUAGAUCUUCCACUGUGUGUGCUAGUAAUGACAUCAUCAUCCAUAUACCGGAAAAGUGGACAUUUAAGGGCUAGAGUUGUAUCCCAAGGGAGGAAUUUUAUCUCAAGUCUAAGAAUUCACCAGUGAUGUAAUGUCAUCCCUUUCUGAAGACGUGCUGUGUGCCACAUGUCUUUUGUUCUUUGCUCUUUCUUUCUUCUGGUUUGAUCGGAGACAGUAUCUCACUGCGUGGCUCUGCUUAGCCAUGGGCUCUGCUCACACAAUGGACUGAACAGAGCCCCGUAUGGAACUCUAUAACACAGUCUCUCAUCUUAGUUCACAGUAUUCUGACUGUGGAGCUGCAAAGUAUGUAUAAGGAGUUGGAAAUACGGUCACGUGUUUCUUCAAAUUGAUACCCGGAAGGAGACAAUGAGAAAGAAGAU